AUUGUUUAUAACUAUCCCAAAGAAAUAAAAGCAUUUUAUAUGAGGCUCAAUGAUGAUCAGAAGACUGUUUCUGCUAUGGAUGUUCUUGCGCCACAGGUUGGUGAAUUGACUGGUGGAAGCCAGAGGAGCAUCUAGAUGUCCUGAAACAGAGAAUUUUGGAUGCGGGAUUGCCCAUCACCCCUGAUGCGAGCUAGUCUGCUUCAUGGCGAGGCGGUGACCUCGACGUGCAGGGUGCCAGGGUAGAGUGCCCAUCACCCCUGACGCGAGCUAGUCUGCUUACGCAAGCAGCGACGUCACAAGUGUAGUAAAAGGCCUCGUUGACCCACGACCAAUCCACCGCUUCCUCUAGCACCUUCUUCCCCGAGCACCGGCAGGCAGCAGCGAGAUCUAGGCAGCAGCCAUCGCUCCUCUUCUCCCCCCUGCUCCUGUAUAAAUAGCAGCAGGCAGGGGCAACCAAUUCCAUCAACUCGUAUCAUCGUUGAUAUCUCUUGCAGCGUUGGGUCUCUGUCACACACACAGGAAGCACAGGAAGCUAAGCUAGCAGUCGCGAGAGAGCGAGCGAUGGCGCGGCCCAAGGUGUACGGGUGGGCGAUCUCGCCGUUCGUGUCGCGCGCGCUGCUGGCGCUCGAGGAGGCCGGCGUGGACUACGAGCUCGUCCCCAUGAGCCGCCCGGACGGCGACCACCGCCGCCCGGAGCACCUCGCCAGAAACCCUUUCGGUCAGGUGCCCGUUCUUGAGGACGGCGACCUCACGCUCUUCGAAUCCCGAGCGAUCGCAAGGCACGUGUUCCGGAAGCACAAGCCGGAGCUCCUGGGCGCCGGCAGCCUGGAGCACUCGGCGAUGGUGGACGUGUGGCUGGAGGUGGAGGCGCACCAGCUGCACCCGGCGGCGGGCGGCGUCGUGGUCGAGUGCGUCUUUGCGCCGCUCCUCGGCCGCGCGCGCAACCAGGCGGCCAUCGACGAGAACCUCGGGAAGCUCAAGAAGGUGCUGGAGGUGUACGAGGCGCGGCUGAGCCAGAGCAGGUACCUCGCCGGCGACUUCCUCAGCGUCGCCGACCUUAGCCACUUCACCAUAAUGCACUACUUCAUGGGCACCGAGUACGCCGCGGUGGUGGAGGCGCUCCCGCACGUCAGGGCGUGGUGGGAGGAGCUCGCGGCCCGGCCGGCGGCCAGGAAGGUGGCCGAGUUCAUGCCGCUCGGCGCUGGGCUCGCCAAGAAAGACGAGUGAUCGACGAAGUAGUGAACUAGUGAUGUGUUGUGCUUAAUUUCCUUGAUGUGUUGUGCUUAAUUUCCUUCGAGUGCACUUUUGAGUUUGUAUUCUCUUUACGUUGCUUCCAUCUUCACAUGAAUAAAAAUUUCUAGCGUGUACGUCGUGUUUAAAAAAAUAUA